AAUGGCCCCUAAAACGAAAAAGAUGAAAGUGGAAAACGUGGAAGAAGAAAACCAAGACGAUGUCUCUGAACCUGUACAAACAAUUCCUAAACCAAAUAUUUCGCGUAUAAAGAAUAAAAUACUUCGAAAUGAAAUGUACAAAAAACUCAAAUUUGAGAAAAGGAAGGCUAAACUGAAAGAGAAACAGAGAAAGAAAAAAGAGGCAGAGGAUAAUGGAGAAGAGGCUGCACCAAAGCAAGUACCCAAAACAAUAGAGAGCAUGAGAGUAAAGGAUGAAACAAUGGUUGACCCUGAGGAUGAAGAGGUUAUCAUGGAUGAAGCCCAGGAUGAAAUGGCAACAUAUUUCAACAGAGAAACAUCCCCUAAGAUUUUAAUAACCACCUGUGAUAGACCAUGUCUUAGGACAAAUAAAUUUUGUAAGGAACUGAAAUUAACAAUUCCAAAUUCUGAAAUUAAGUAUAGAAGAGGUUUGGAUCUAAAGAAGGUUAUUCCACAAGCCAUUGAAAGGGACUUUACAGACAUUCUUAUUGUGAAUGAAGACAGAAAAGAGCCCAAUGGUUUAGUAAUAACUCACCUUCCAGAGGGCCCCACACUUCACUUCAAGCUCAGCAGUGUUAGGCUUACCACAGAAAUUAAGAGAGUUGGAGAAAUGAGUAAACAUAAACCAGAACUGAUCCUAAAUAAUUUCAACACACGACUUGGUCACUCAGUAGGGAGGGUAUUUGCCUCCUUAUUUCCUCACGACCCACAAUUCCAUGGACGACGUGUGGUUACUCUUCAUAACCAAAGGGACUUCAUUUUCUUCAGACACCACAGAUAUGUGUUUAGAAAUAAUAAAAAGGUUGGAUUAAAGGAGCUGGGACCAAGAUUUACAUUGAAGUUACGAUCAUUACAGAAGGGAACUUUUGAUUCAAAGUUUGGAGAGUAUGAAUGGGUUCAUAAGAGGAAAGAAAUGGACACAAGCAGAAGGAAGUUUUCUUUAUAAAUUGGUUGUUAAUAUUUUGUUCUUUAUACAAAAAAAGUCAAAUGUUG